AUGGACGAUCCUUACGAUUUUGAUAAAGCCUGGGACGAUGUUCUCGAAGCUUUCGAGCGUACGUCCCGGAUCAAGCUUCAGCCAGGCGUCGUUCUAACCACCGAGAACGUCAUCCAACAGCUCAAGCUGAAGCGUGAUCACGAUGCGGAAGCCAGCAGAAAGUAUCAGGGCCUCAAGCGAACGCUCAGCAGAACGCUGGAAUGUAUCAGGACGCUUGGGUUCGUGGCAUCUAAAGAUCAAAGCGGAUUACUCGGACCUUCAAAUCUCGUGUUCACAGCGAUCGUCUUGCUGAUCCAGGCUGGUGACUCCUACCGAAACAUCUUCGACAAUCUUGACGAUUUGUUCGAGGAAUCUUCUGAUGUUCUUGAGCGAUUUGACAUCUACCGAAAAAUGGAGGAAGUCGAUUCGCCCCUGAAAAAGGUUGUUCACGAGCUUCUGCAGACCAUGUUGUCGAUCUGUGCGCUAUCUAUCAAAGUCUUGAACGGUAACAGGCUUGUCAAAUACCUCAAGGCGCUCGCUUUCAACGACGAUGAGGGUGUCAAGGCGGAGCUGAUCAAGCUGCGGAAGUUGGUUGAGCGCGAAACGUCCAUGAAUGCUGCCUUGACUUAUCGUCACGUCAAAGAAGGGUUUGAAGGAGCCAGUGAAGGUCUAUCUGGCGUCCGAUCCGCAGUUGACCGGAUCGCAGAUGACUUGUCGCGACGAGAAUCAGAAAGCGUGGAAAACAAGCAGAUGGAGCUCAUCAAGAAUACUCUUGGCACUCAACCCGAUGUUGACCGCCAGCUCGAGAUAUACAAGAGGCACAGAUCUGAAGUGGUUCCGGGCACUGGCAAGUGGUUGCAAGAGACUGAGAUGUUUCAACAAUGGGCCGAUAGCACGAGAACUUCCAGCAACCUGGUCUUGCUUAGUGGUGAUCAAGGUUAUGGCAAGAGCUUUCUCAGUACCACCGUCAUCCACGAAUUACAAACACACUCCAGCCGAGCCGCAACCUUCGAGAAAACUUCGAGGACAUCCGUAGGUUAUUACUUUUUACAGUCUCGGGGUAGGAAAGGGAUGCACGGCAUCGACGACGAGGGUAUAUCGAUUGACAGAGUCUUGAAGACACUGGCGUCGCAACUGGCGCAGGACCCUGUAUAUCGCAAGAAUCUUGCCUUGUCUUGCGAAUCCUGGAUAGAACCGGACAACGUGGAAGAGCUGUGUUCUUGUUUACUGGAUUUCUGUUACAAGAGCACAGAUGUCUUCUUUCUUGUUAUCGACGGCCUGGACCACGCAGACGAGAGAGCCUCCAAGAUGCUUGCUUCAAUUUUGAAGACCGUCUAUACGCGUUACUCUCCUCGCCAGAGGUCACGGGUUCGCAUCAUGCUCACAGGCAGAGUGAAGACGGUGCAGGAUCUCGUCCAAAGAAUGCCAGAAUUAGGACCAACCAUGGUGAACCUCGAUUUGGCUGCUCAGACUGGCACUGAUGUGGCUCUUUUCGUUCAGGAUCGGCUGGAUAAUAUGUCACUCUUGGAGGGUUCGUCCGACUCUGUCAAGAAGCUUCGGCAGGAGGUAUUCUCUACGCUCACCACGAAUGUCAAAGGCGACUUUGUGCAUGCUGGUCUGUUGUUGAAAGAAAUAUCCACCAAACAAUGGCCGGCUGAGAUCCGUGAAGUUUUGGCAAGUGCGCAACAUGGCGGACAACGAUCCGAUACCAUCGCUCGCGAAGUUACUCGGUGCGACAGCACGCUAUCGGCACAACAGAUCCGAGAUCUCAACGUUCUGCUGCUAUGGGUGAUGUCUGCGCGGCAGACAUUGACGAUCGAUGAACUCGAAGCAACGCUUUUUCUCUCGAAUCGAGAAAGCUCACUAAGAUCCCUACGAGAUCAAAUCCACGAAAAGUACUCGACCUUCUUCCAUCUCGAUGAAACUCUUAGCUCUACGCGGGUGUCCUUGUCGUCGGACUCCAUUCGCCAGUAUUUUGCAGAAGCUUCUCGGCAUGAACAGCUGGCAGUCCUUACGUCAAGUAGGAUACAAGAGGUAGAAGUGAAGAUAGUGAAAAGGUUCCUCUCCUCGGUCUGCGAUGAAGAGCUCUAUGCCAAAUUCGAUUUUGACGAUUUCUUUUCGCGGAAGCUCAAUUUUACAGCGGCUUCUGUUCACGUCAACCUGGAGACUGCCGGUGCGAGUCUCCUCUCCGGCUGUCUGCAGGCCUUGACGAGCCCUGAAAAAGAGACUGCAGAGCUUGUGGAUUAUGCGGCGACUCAUUUUCCGAAGCAUAUGGCAGAGGUUGACCUGUCAAUGACCAGUCCGGUGGCAAAGACCGAUUGCGGUAGAUUGCUUCUCCUACUCUUCACAGACCAAGAAGCCAUUGGGCGAUGGUGGGACUUGCAGAGACUCGAAAAGCAAACGGAUUGGUUCUUCGCCGACGACAACGUUGACAUUAGCCUUUCAUUCUUCCGAGACACGGCCAUCACAAGGACUUUUGGUGAAGAGCACAUGCGAUGGGUUAAGUCGCUCAUGUCAAAGUCGUCUCCAGAUUCGGAUCUGCUAGGAGAAGUUGUGAAGUACCUGGCGCGUCACUUGUUGACUGCAACUGACGACAUCCCUGACAUACGAUUGUUGUUCUCCUGCCUGAAUGCGUAUAGGACCAUGUUGAUGCAGCGAAGGGAUCCUGCCGUGCAACGCACAGCUGAACUCAAAAACUACCAAGUCUCCUCUGAGGUUAUCGUUGAAGUGUUUACGUGGAUUGCUGCCACGCUCGGUGAUGUCGACGAAGGGAAGAGCUACGAGUGGAACAGAGCGUUGGCGGCCAUGUUUUCGGAGUUCAACCACAAUGAUGCCGCCAUAGCUCAGUACCAACUUACCAUUCCGCUCAGCGACGAUGGGUGGAGCUGUCGAUGGGGCCUUGGUAUUGCCCUUCGAGAGCGAGAAGAAUACGAUGCUGCCCUUGAGGUCCUUGCAGACGUCGAACGGCGGAUAAUAGACGGCAGCGCCAAAGAGAACAGCCCCAAAAAGUGGCUGCGCAAUAUCAGGCAAUUAAUGGGUUGGUGUUAUCGUCAGCUUGGGAGAUACGAUGAAGCCUUAGCGAUCUACGACAAACAUAUACGCGAAAGCCGAGAGAAGGGUCUCACCGACUACGGGUUCACAUUCGACAAAAUCCGAGUCUUUUAUUACAGGGAAGAGUUUUCGUCGGUUGUCGAGAUCCUCCGGUCUCUGCGGAACAGUAUUGAUCCAAACUUCGGUAUUCAGCGCUCUAGCAGACUCCUGCAUUGGUUAUGCGACGACUCGGACUUCGAUUCGAUCCUUGUGGAAACAAGUAAGGCCACAAAGACUCGAGACUAUCUACGACGACUCUUCACAGAAGCUAUCGACGACACCUAUCACCCGUCAUACUUGGCGAAGAAUCCAGAAGAGCGUGCCAGAUACCGUGUCAACAUGAAGCUUUAUCUGAGUAUGGAAAUGUGGAGACGCGCACACACUGAAGAGGAGGAAGACGAUGUAAUAAUGUGUUGGGAAGAGCUCACACAGGAGGCUCGCGCUAUCGACAAGGCCGACAUGAUCAUUGCACAGCUCACCAAGCGACUCGCAACUGUCUACCUCCAGCGGAUGCGAGAGUAUACACUCGAAUCGGCGGAUGCUCAAUCGCUACUCAAGAAAGCCAUGGAUCUUGUGGUAGAAGACACGUCACAGCAAGACGCAUGGGCGUCAUCAGUGUCACCAGUGCUGUUAUAUGCUCGACAUCUAUCCGUACUUGGACGAAGCGACCAAGCACGUCGGUUGUCGCGAGGUUCUGUCAAGGUCGCUCUCGAUUUGUUGACCGACGAAGAUCCCGAGAACGACUGGGAGGCAUAUCUGCGCCUUGCCUAUGUCCUCAUGUACUGUGGCGACGAUGAGGGAGCCCUUGCGGCCUGGUCUUUCUUUAUGCCGCUUCAUGUGUCCAAUCGCUCCAAGUCUGCAGGCGGUGCACCGGGAUACGAGUCACCACAGGCGUCAGUGCUGGCGUCGCAGAAUGCUACGAAUACUACGGAUCAUGCCAAGGUAGCUUGCUUGGUGGUCGAGGAGGCUUCUACCGAUGAUGGCGAUCCAGUAGAGCCCAUCUCUGAAAGUAAGACCAAUGGAUCUGCCUCAACAACAGACAAAGGAGCCACGACCGACGCCAAAUGGUGGCAGAAGGGCUGGGAAGGUGAUCUUGACUAUGGUUGUGAUGGAUAUUGCGGCGUGGACUGGGCAUACUCGGAUGACAUGUACGUGUGCAAAGAUUGCCUGGAUGUUAUGUUCUGCAAGGACUGCAUCCAGAAACUCCGUGUCGGCUCGCUCGAGGACAAUGUCUGCAAUCCGAAGCACCGGUUCCUUCAUGUCCCUCCGUUUGAUAUGAACGAGGCACAGCUACGAGGCAAGGACUAUCUCCGGGUCAAAGCUGAGAAGGUCCCUAUCGCCCAGUGGCUGUCUCAGGUACGCAAGGACUGGGAGCUGGAGGACAACGAUACCCAGAGCGAUCAUUGA